AUGGUGGUUAGAAAGUGCAGCCUAAACAUCGUUAGCGCUUACGCGCUGCAUGAGGGCCUAGAUAAAGAGGUUAAAAGGCGCUUCUGGGAGGGGUUAGAUAAGAUUGUGCGUAAUGUUCUGCCUGCUAAGAGGCUAUUUAUAGGAGGGGAUUUCAAUGGUCAUGUUGGGUCGACCAUAGGUGGUUAUGGCGAGGUGCAAGGCGACUUCGAUUUUGGGAAGAGGAACAAAGGCGGUACCUCGCUGUUGGAUUUUGCUAAGGCUUUUAAGUUGGUGAUUACAAACUCUAGUUUUCCAAAGAGGGAGGAACAUUUGGUUAGCAGAGGGCUAGGCAAGGAUUUUAAGGUUUUCUAG